AUGGAGAAGAUCUUUAAUGCCAAACGAUGCCCUGAUGAAAAUAGAUUGGCGUACGCUAAGUAUUUAUUGACUGGAGAAGCGAGCCAUUGGUGGUCGAGCGUGAGAGCUAUUCUCACAGACGCGCAACAACCGAUCACCUGGGAAGUAUUUAGAAAUAAGUUUUAUGAAGAAUAUUUCCCUGACAGUGUGCGAUUUGCAAAGGAGGUGGAAUUUCUACAACUGGUUCAGGGGAGUAUGUCCGUUUCGGAGUACACCAAUAAGUUCAAACAUCUUGUCAGAUUCAAUACUAUGGCCACAAGUGAAGUGUGGCAGUGUAGAAAAUUUGAGAACGGAUUGAGGAGUGAUCUCAAGGUAUUAAUUUCCAGUCUGUGUAUCCGGACGUUCCCAGCCAUGGUUGAGAGGGCUAAGGUACUAGAGAAGAAUAUGGCUGAGGCGGAACAACAGAAGAAACAACAGGCGUCAAGAGGACCAGUUCUGUCGAGACCCAAUGUGAAUCGGAACAGGACCCCAUACGCUCGUCCAGCUCAGUCGAGUGGUUCACAAGCUAUGGUAGUUGCCGGACAAGCAAAUCAACAAGUGUCGGUCAGAUGUUUUCAGUGCGGAGGACCUCACUUUAGAUCAUCAUGCCCUCAGUUGGUUGGAGGGAAAUAUUGCACUCGUUGUAAAAGAAACGGUCACCUGGAGAACGAGUGUAAUAUGGGCGGACGUGCAGUGAUGAGACCGCCGAACGCUGGAAGGACUCAGCAAGGAAGAGGUGGUCGAGCCCAAGCUGUGGGGCGUGUGUAUGCGAUCACUGGUGCAGAAGCAGCGAGCUCAGGUACGCUCGCGUGCGUUGAGAAACUGGGAUUAACCGAGAGUGAGAUGCAGUUCGAUUUGGUGGUGUCUACCCCAGCGGCUGGAGAGGUUAGAACGUCUACCAUGUGUGUUAGAUGUCCUAUUGAGGUAGAGGGGCGUAGAUACAAGGUGAACUUAAUAUGUUUGCCUCUCAAGGACUUAGAAGUGAUUCUGGGAAUGGAUUGGCUGAAUACCAAUUGCAUUCUCAUAGAUUGUGGGGCUAAGGAAUUAAUUUUUCCUGAGGAAUGUGAAGAAGAGUUGGGUGUGACGCUCAGUCAAAUUAAGGAAGAUAUAAUGGAAGGCGCCAGUUGCUUCUUGAUCAUGACGCAUGAAGACAGAGAGGUUAUGGAUAAUAGUUUUGAACGUUCGUCCAACAAGCACACUAAAGGACGAACGGUUGUGGACGAAUUUCCGAACGUCUUCCCGGUUGAGGUGCCUGGGUUGCCUCCCGUUCGUGAAGUUGAAUUUACCAUAGAUUUGGUAACUACCGCGGCUCCUAUAUCCGUUCAACCAUAUAGAAUGGCACCCGCUGAAUUGGUUGAGCUUAAAAAGCAAAUUGAAGAAUUGAUGGACAAGAGGUUCAUCCGUCCAAGCGUGUCACCGUGGGGAGCACCUGUGUUAUUGGUGAAGAAGAAGGAUGGCAGCUCUCGGCUUUAUAUUGAUUAUCGUCAAUUGAAUAAGCUGACCAUCAAGAACAAAUACCCACUGCCUCGCAUUGACGAUCUGCUGGACCAAUUGAAUGGAGCGAGCGUCUUUUCCAAGAUAGAUUUGAGAUCGGGCUACCACCAAAUUCGUGUUAAGGAAGGAGAUAUUCAGAAGAGGGCCUUUAGAUCUCGGUAUGGACAUUAUGAGUACGUAGUCAUGCCGUUCGGUGUGACGAACGCUCCAGCAGUCUUCAUGGACUACAUGAAUAGGAUCUUCAGGCCGUACUUGGACAAAUUUGUGGUGGUGUUCAUUGAUGAUAUUCUCAUUUACUCCAAGAGCUGCGAGGAACAUGAAGAACACUUGAGAUUAGUACUUGGAGUGUUGAGGGAAAGGGAGUUGUAUGCUAAGUUGACCAAGUGCGAAUUCUGGAUGAAGGAAGUACAAUUCUUAGGUCACGUCGUAUCUGCUGGUGGAAUUUCAGUCGACCCAGCCAAAGUACGAGCGGUCUUGGAAUGGGAGAGUCCACGUUCGGUCACUGAAGUUAGGAGCUUUGUGGGACUCGCGGGCUACUAUAGGCGUUUCAUAGAAGGAUUCUCUAAGAUAGUAGCACCGUUAACACAGUUGACCAGGAAGGAUCACCCGUUCGCCUGGACCGAUCGGUGUGAAUCUAGUUUUCAAGAGCUGAAGCAGAAGUUGACGAGCGCUCCAGUUUUGGAUUAUGAUUUCGAGUUGCUUUAUCACCCUGGUAAAGCGAACGUUGUGGCGGAUGCUCUAAGCAGGAAGGCAGUUCAUGUCUCGGUAAUGAUGGUUAAAGAGCUAAGUUUGGUGGAUAGUUUCCGAGACCUAAGGUUACAGUUCGAGUUAGGAGCGAACGUUAUCAAAUGCUGUAACCUUAGUAUUUCGAGCAACGUGUUUGACCGUAUCAAGACGAAGCAACGAGAGGAUGAAGAUCUGUCGUUCUGGUGGCCAGGGAUGAAGAAUGAUGUUGCACGCUUUGUGGCAUCGUGUCUAACAUGUCAACGUGCUAAGGCUGAAUACCAAAGACCUGGCGGAUUACUCCAACAGUUGGAAAUUCCCGAAUGGAAGUGGGACAUCUCAACCAUGGCUGGGAACGUCCGGAUACACAGACCGGAAAUUAAUACCUUGAGAUCGCUCCUCAAUCCGUUCUCAAAUUUUCUACACUGCCACACUUCACUUGUGGCCAUAGUAUUGAAUCUGACGAAACGAUUCAUCAACGGCGAAACGGUGAAAACACGUCUCUUUUUAUGCUCGUUCCUUCCAAAGGUUCAAACAACGACAAAACGCUUAUCGGUGAAUGGAAGGAAUACAUCAACGACAGUACUCCAACGAAUGGUAAAAACAGUUAUUUAG